AUGUCUACUGAUUCUCCUUCUCCUAAUCUUUAUCACAGAGGUGUUCUUUGCAAUGCCGGUGCCGGUGCUGCUGCUGGUGUUAUUGCUGCCACGUUUGUAUGUCCUUUAGAUGUAAUCAAAACUAGGUUUCAGGUUGGGGCUCCUCAGCUUGCUAAUGGAAGAGUUAGAGGUAGUCUUAUAGUUGGUAGUUUGGAGCAAAUAUAUCGUAAGGAGGGGUUACGAGGGAUGUACCGUGGGCUAGCCCCAACUGUUAUGGCCUUACUUCCAAACUGGGCCGUCUAUUUUACCGUGUACGAGCAGCUCAAGAAGCUGCUUUCUGAUGAUGAAAACCACCGCCUCUCAGUUGGAGCUAAUAUGGUAGCUGCUUCAGGUGCUGGAGCUGCAACUACAUUGGUUACAAAUCCAUUUUGGGUUGUCAAGACAAGACUCCAAACCCAGGGAAUGAGAUCCGGCGUUGUGCCGUAUAGAAGUACCCUAUCUGCCUUAAAGAAAAUAGCUCACCAGGAGGGCAUUCGUGGGAUGUACAGUGGCCUUCAAAUCGAGAUAACACAACUGUGGAUAAACUCGGUGCACGGGAUGUUGCAAUUGCCUCGUCAGUUUCCAAAUUUUUGCAUCUACAUUGACAUAUCCUCACGAGGUUGUUCGAUCUAG